AUGGAAGUACACGUGGCUGUGGCAGGGGCUGGACGACGUCUGGCGGGACAGGUGCGAGUUACUUUCGAGAGCGUGCAGUCGGAUCCAACGAAAUUGGCCCAACUGGACGUGGAAGUGACGACACAGCUUGCGGAACCCGGUGCCCCCGCGAACCAGCAACUCUUGUGGUGGUAUCUUCAAGCUUUGAGGGUUCCUGAUUUCGAGGUUCCUUUUCGUGUUGCUUGCGUGAGGUUUCCUGCAGGAAGUGCCAUCACCCAAGAACUUGCCAACGUCUCCGACUAUCUCAUAACCUCUGUGAUCAGCUUCACUGCGGAUACGACGAGGGUUGAUUCUGACACCAAUGCCGUGUCCUCAACAGCACCCUCGUUGUCAGCGGCAUUCGACAAUGACAUGGUGAUCGGUGGCAUGGAGGGUAUGGUGAUCGGUGCUGCGGCGGUCUUGCUGGUGUGUGGUCUGGCUGUUUGCAUUCGUUUGAGUGUUCAGCAUGCCUGUGCACGCCAGAAGAGGGUGCACCCGUCGGGUGGCGAGGCCAUAAGGAGCAGCACAUCAAAGCAUCUUUCCAACUCUUUGCCCGGAGUCGACUUGUGGCUCUCUGCUGAUCCCGAUGUGCGCGCAGGUCGAUGA